UAAAAACAAAAUUGUCCCAGUGUUUAGGCUUUAGCCUGGUCUCUUCGUUAAAAUGUUAAUACGUUGGAAAAGCAAAGAUAAAAGUUCACCGAACCCUACAAAUACCAGUGGUGGCGGUAGUGGCAGUAGCAGCAGUAGCUCCAAAAAGAAGCGCAAAGGACGCGAAGGCGAUGAAAACUGGCAGAAUGAUAUGAAAUCUAGUCAUAUGCAGAGCAAUGAACAAGGCGAAGAACGGAGACGUGGUAUGCGAAGAGAGGAUCCGCGUAGACAUACGCUAGGUGGUGAUAUGCUCGCCUACACCAAUCAACAGAAUUUGCAGCAGCAGUCACAAAAGGCAUUGGAUUUGGAAAUGGGAACUCGAGCUCAAAAAAACAAGAAGAUGCAACCGAAUCGUGGUUAUGUGCCAAUUAAUCAAGGACCGCUGUUCGAUGAUGAUCCGGGUAUUAUGUCGGAGGUGGAGACAGCCAGUACGGGUUUUAGACGUGGUGGUAAGCAACGUUCUUCGUUACCCGUUGUGCGUACACCCUCGAAAACCUUAGAAAGACCUCUAGGUUUGGUUUUCUUGCAAUAUCGUUCGGAGACAAAGAGAGCUCUAUUGCCAAAUGAAAUUACUUCGAUUGACACUGUACGAGCUCUAUUUGUACGUUCGUUUCCUCGCCAGUUAACCAUGGCUUACCUAGAGGGCCCCAAUGUAAAAAUUUACAUACAUGAUGCCAGCAAGGACAUGUUCUACGAACUGGAAGAUGUACGCUCCCACUUAAGGGAAAUACGAGACCGUUCUGUUUUGCGACUUUUCGAAUCUACUGAAGUCGCAGCACCACCUCAGAUACUACCAGGAGGUCCCGGUAUACCGCAGCCAUUGCCACAAACCACUUCUCAGCACUGGGAUCAAGAUCAAAGUUACUUCAGUGAACCGGAAUUCGAUUCUGAUUAUAAAAAUCAACACAUUCACAAGUCUAAGAUUGGCAAACAACAAGCCCCUUAUUAUGUGGGAGGCUCCCAGACAUUGCCGCGUGGGAUGUAUACCGAUCGCAAUAAGAUGCCAAUGGAUGGUUACACCAGUUCGCCAGAACGUUCGACCCGUGGAAGUUAUGAAGAACCCUAUUACAGUCAAUAUGGUACCAGGGGACAGGUGAUAGCUCCCAUAAUAGAUGAAGAACAAGCAGAUGUAGCCAUGUCUGAAGAUCAGUAUGCUUUGUAUGGCAUGAAAAUGGGUCCCGGUCGAAUGCCUCGAACCAAUCAAUUGUAUGAUCCUACUAGACCGGAAGAUCUACAUCGCAUACGUGUAGAACAUAUGGAACGUCAGCUGGCUAAUUUAACUGGUUUAGUGCAAAAGGCUUUGGUAAAUCAGAAUCCACAAAUCGCUCCCAUACCAGUGCCAACAUUGGAUCCCAAUUAUUUGGUAGUGCCCACACAAUGUCAUGUAAACGGUUCUGGAGAAGAUCUUUAUGUUAGAGAAAAGGCUCCCAAAUUGGGCAAAAAUGCCUGUCAAAAAUCGGUAUCCUUCGAAAAAAGUGUCUCCUUUAGUGACGAUAUACAGGGUAUACCAAAAUCGCAUAGUCCUCAACAUGCCGCUGAUACAAAACCCACAAAACCAGCCAUCAAAUCCUCCACUUUGCCAAGAACCUCUUCACAAGAACGUGAUCGCCUUAAACCACCACCACCUCCCAAACCUAUGGUUUUGGCCCAAACAGCUCAUAACAAUUAUAGAGCCGACAUUGCUUUGGCUCCCGAAGUCUACAACCACCUUAGAGGUCUACAGAAAAAAGCCAAAGAUCUGCGUACCGAAGUGCGCACACUACGGCGUCUUUCGCAAGCCCAAGCUGUAGCAGUUCGAGAAGAUAUAAAAAGCACUUUUAUGCGCAUACGUGCCACUUUGUUAGCGAGUAGUGGCAGUAUUUGGGGUCACCAGGAUCAAGAUGCUACACGAAUAUCACGUGAGGAAGAAUUAUAUAAACAAGAAGUUAUUCGUUUAGAAAAAGAUCUAAGCGAUUUGGAGUCCUCUGUCGAAAGCCUAAGGGGAGAAGUAAUCAAUCGUAGGACAAGAGUGAAUAUGACUGCUGUAGAGGAUAUGGCUUUGGUGCUAAGUAGAGCCAGCAAAACUGUGGCCGAAUUAAAAAUGAAAUUUCCGGCAUUGUCCAAUGGAUUACGUUGUAUUUUGUCGAGCGAAAUGGAAAAAGUUGUGCGUGAAGAAAAGUUCCUAAAAGAAGAACCCGAUCGUUUGGAAUCGGCUUUAAGAAGAUGCAAAAAGCUGACAGGCACUUUGGUGACAUUAAAAAGGUUGGCCAGCGUACAAGAACAGCGAUUGCCGCCUACAGAGCCGCAAACAAAUGAAGAUCCUCCCCGUUCUGCUGAUGUAUCCGUGGCCGAUAAGCCAAUCCCACAACCCAGGAUGGGGACGUUCGCUGUCAGCGGGGGAGCCCCACCAGAAAACGCACUCGAUGCUCUGUUAGAUGAAUUGAAAACGUUUUCAAAGCCUCUAAUACAAAACAAUGAGAUAAGACCCGAUGAUUCCACUUCUGAUGAUAGUACCGCCAUGGUACAAAGCACUGUUACCACUCAAAUCUCCCAGGCACGUCUAUAUAAUCCACCUGAGGCCGGCACUCCACCCCUCUUAAUGGCCGGCAAUUGUGUCAGCGAAUUGCAACAACAAUUCAACAAUAUUGCAAUGAAUAAUCAAAAUAACACGGCCCCCAUGACAGUUCCCUUGAUAACGGCCUCCAACGUCUCCAGUCUGAGACGUCUGCACUCUAUGCCCACUCAAUGCGAAAGUGAUAUUGUACCAAUACCCAUAAUGCGAAAUAUUGCCAAGCCACCGGUACCGGAACGCAAUGCUGAAUUGAUCAUGAAGGUGGGCGGCAAACGCAUUCCCCCACCACCACCACCAAGGACUAGUUCUCGCAGUCCCCUAGCCAGCCCCACAAGUCCUAAUGUACCACAACCAAUGCCCACACUAAACGAAAACGAACCCAAGGACUCCUCCCAAAAUGUCGCCGUCGACAGUGGUGGUGAAAACUCUAGCGGCAACGAAUCUGGCAACGAUAAUGCGCAACGGCAGGUUGCUUUGGAAAUGCGUCAUCAAGAGCUGCUCAAAAAGCAGAAAAUGCUACAAGAACAGUAUCAGCGUUUACAACAAAUGAGCAAAAUGCCCUCAGUGGAUAUGUCAUCAAGUUCGGGCACAAACUUGGAUGCCAAUGGUCAACAAUCACUGAAGAAAAUGGGUAGCGAAUCAAAUAUACAGCAAAAACUCAAUCUAACAAUCAAUGCAAACGAUUCAUCUGGCAAUGCCCUCAAUAUCAACAAUAUAUCAUCUGCAUCAUCAACAUCCUCUAACGAACUGGUCAACAAUCGGAAUGCAAGUGAUAAAUUAGCGAAUGCAAAACUGAACAACGCCAAUGGUGGUGGUGGUGGCGGCGGUGCAACCACCAAUUCAACAACUACGAAACAGGUCUAUGAAACUGAAAUACUUUAACAUAAAGCAAAAUUAACCUGGAAUGAAACGGCCAUUGAUAUUUGAAAUCAUAAAUUGCACAUGCACACGAC